UGUGGCAGCAUGACGUCAGCUCAAGUUGGAGCAUAAAAAGUGCGAGCUGACUGCCAGAAGAUCACAUUAAAAAGAACAACACUUUGAGGGGGGAAAAGAUGGUGCAACAAGGCACCAAGAGUGACUUUAAAGACGGCCGUCUGCUCAAAGCUGGACAUCCUCCUGCAGUGAAAGCUGGAGGUAAACGUGUGGCCAAGAAAAGCUUGGAGGAGGCCAGCACACAUGGGACUCCAGAGAAACCUCCAAGGAGGUCUGAUAAAUCCAGGCCUGGGUCCAGUGUUAACAGGAUGCAACAAGUUGGUCUCCUUCUGUCAGGACCUCUUGACAAGUUGAGCCAUGACUUCCCAGAGACGCCAGUGAGCGUGAGGCACAGCAAACUGCGGCCCGCUGUGGAGAAGCUUCACUCUCCUCGGACCUUCAUAAUCCAGCAGCCCAGGAAGUACUAGAGGAUGGAAGUCCAUGUUUAAAGAUGCUUGACAUAGCUCUCGGGCUUGUAGAUAAGCUUAACUGCUUUCUUCUUCAUCUGGUUACACUUUAGAGGAUACUAACCAUGUUCCCUGUAGCAUAGUGACUUAACAUGUUUACCCCAUCUAUAUUUAGCCUUCUUUUGAUCUGUAAUGUGAAUUUCCUUCAUUGAAACAUCUUUUGUACGGCUUGGCACUUCAUACAAUAAAUAAAAACAAUUGUAUAACUUA